GAAAGAAACGGUGUUGAGAAAGAUAAUUUAGUGUUUCUUUGAUUUUAUUUGUUCCCUAGAAUUGUGCUUUGGGCACAAGCGCACUUUAUUCACACUCCAGCACAGUAGGUGUCGGUAAUGCACCAUGUUCGACAGGGAAAAAGUGGAACGUUCUUGCCAAGACAAUUGUUCCUGCCCGGGAUCAAAUAACAAAAGGACAUGUCCGUUUCCGAAAAAACGUACGUUAGAAACAUUUUGUUACUGUUGCAACAAUUAACAAUUCUCACGAACAGUCUGUUAUAAAUACAAUACUGUAUUGGUAAAUUACAUCUUGCAACGAAGUCGCAUUUCAGGGUACGUUGCUAAGCAUCGUGUCAACUGUGUUGAAUACUGUUUGAAGAAAUCCAUUCAAGAAACGUAAGUAUAAAUAUACGCUGUUAUGUAAAUGCUGGGAAAUAGGAUUGCUUUAGUCUAGACAGCUGAAAUUCGAUUCCAGAAAUGGCUAGCAGUCGCAGUGUAGACAUGGAUCCUGACGUUGCUCGGAGGCUGUUUCAUGAGGGGGCCACCCUGGUGCUGCUGGGAGUGCCUCAGGGCACAGAAUUUGGCAUUGACUGCAAGUGUUGGAAGGUUGGCCCCCGCUUUCGGGGUGUUAAGAUGAUCCCCCCAGGACUGCACUUUCUCUACUACUGCUCUGUCAAUCCACCGAGCUGUGGAGGAGAAGUUGGCCCAAAGACCGGCUUGUUCCUCAGUCUCAAACCCAGAGACAUCCUGUUGGCUAACUGGAACCCUAAAGAAGAGGAUCUGGACUUCUCUGCCUCCCAGAACGAGGAGGAAGUGAGCAGAAUCAGAGCGAACCUGCAGGACCUGGACCCAUACCUCGGACCUUAUCCCUAUGAGGUGAUGAGGAAGUGGGUGUCCCUCACGAACCGACUGAACGAGGAGGUGGCCAACAACUUGCAGCCGCUCUCGGGCCGGGUCUGUGCCUUCAGCGACGUUAUCCCCGAGACCGAUUUCCGACAUACCAAGGACCGAGCCGAGCAGCCGAGGAACGACACGGCCUGCCAGACCAUGAGGGAGGGACUAGACAGGCUUCCCAAGAUGAAGCUGAGGGAGGGGACACAAUUGCGCUUCUCUGUCAUCCCAGAGAAGACUUACCCACCUGGGGCCACGCCCGCCCAGAUCACACAGUGCAGCCUGGACCUUACCUACGCGCUGGAGACUCUGCUCGACAAGAAUUACCAGCAAAAGCCUCUCGACCUGCUCGGUGAGCUGCAGUUUGCCUUUGUCUGCUUCGUGAUCGGAAACGUGUACGAGGGCUUCGAGCAUUGGAAACGUCUUUUGAGCCUGCUGUGUCGAGCGGAGGCGGCCAUGCAGAGGCACAAAGAGCUCUACCUGGGGCUCAUUGCCGUGCUCUACCACCAGCUGGGAGAAAUCCCUCCUGACUUCUUUGUGGACAUUGUGUCUCAGAACAACUUCCUCACCUCCACGCUGCAGGACUUCUUCCAGUUGGCCACUGGGCCCAGCGUGGACGGAGCGCUACGUAAGAGAGCAGAGAAGUUCAAAGCCCACCUGACCAAGAAGUUUUCCUGGGAUUUCGAUGCAGACUUGGACGAGUGCGCGCCUGUGGUGGUGGAUCUUCCCGAGGGCUUUACUGUGGACUGAUUUGACGCUCACUGGAAGAUUAGGCAAGCUCGAGCUUCCAUGUCAGAUAGGUGUCCCUCACCAAAGGCUGAUGUGGAAACCUGUACAUAGUCGCGGUCAUUUAUCUUUCAUCUUGUACACAACGUCCAUGCUCGUUGGUGGGUUACAGGUGUUGUCAGCAGUGUUUUUAAGGUCUCAUAAGAAACAUGUUAUAAUCUUUGCAACUUAAUGUCUAUCUAUAUAUGUGUCUAUAGAUCUGGAAUUUCGCUGUAUACUUUCAAAGACGUUUCAUGUAAAUCUAAAAAUAAAAAGAAAUUACAAUAAACUAAGCUUUGCCUAAAAGAUGGGUGAACUACUAUGUCCUUUAAGGAAUGGUUAAAACACAUUGGGAAUAAUGUAUGAAAAGAUGUUUUCAGUGACGCUGCAUAUAAAACAGUACAGCAGUG